AUGGCUCCUGCUGCGAAUAUCCGAGGCGGCCGCGCUGUUGCGCCGGAGGCUCUGCUCGUCGUGGCGGCGCUACUGGCGGUGGUGGCGCUGGCGCCGCGGGGCGCGAGCGCGGCGCUGUCGUGCUCCACGGUGUACACCACGCUGUUGCCGUGCCUCGGGUACGUGCAGUCGGGCGGCGCGGUGCCGCAGGCGUGCUGCGCGGGGAUCAAGAACCUCGUGUCCAGGGCAGGCUCCACGGCCGACCGCCGUGCCGCCUGCUCCUGCCUCAAGACCAUCGCCGCUGGCGCCGCCGGCGGGCCGUACCUCAGCCGCGCCGCGGGGCUUCCCGGGAGGUGCGGCGUCCAGCCGCCAUUCAAGAUCAGCCCCGACGUGAACUGCAACUCGGUAAAAUGAGGACUGCUCUCCAAGAUAAAUGGAGGACGUUGUUUCGUUGCAACGUACUCUAUGAGCCGUUGUGAAUCACGCACGUACCCUACAUGUGCAGUACUACUGCGAUCGAUGAGUUCACUAGAUGGCGAAUAACCGUCUA